CUUCCUCCCCAGCUGUCAAAGAGUCCACACCAUUAGUGGUGGUAGCAAUAUCAUCUUUUUUAUUUAGGAUAUCAGACGGGGUUUAAUCUGAGAUGGAGGGCCAGCGCUGGUUACCACUGGAAGCUAACCCAGAGGUAUGAAUGCCUCCCCUAUCUCACGAUCCUUCGCCGUUAAUUGAAUUUUAUAUCUUACAUGGGUUCAUUUUAGCAGGAACGUUUUUAAGGCAGCUUGGCUUGGUACCCACCUGGCAGUUUGGGGAUGUGUACGGUCUGGAACCCGAAGUUCUCAGUUUGGUGCCAAGGCCUGUGUGCGCUGUACUUUUGCUCUUCCCUAUAACAGAGAAGUAUGAAACCUUUAGACAAGAGGAGGAGGCAAAAAUUAAGGCACAAGGACAAGAGGUGUCCUCAGAUGUCUACUUCAUGAAACAAACCAUCGGCAAUGCUUGUGGUACAAUAGGGCUGAUUCAUGCUGUGGCAAACAAUCAAAGGCAUCUGGAGUUUGAGCCCAAUUCACCACUUAAGGCAUUUUUACUGCAGUCUGCAAAGAUGAGCCCAGAAGAAAAGGCAACUUUCCUUGAAAAAGAUGAGAGUAUCCGAGUAACACAUGAGUCAAGCGCUCAGGAAGGACAAACAGAGGCUCCAAGUUUAGAUGAAAAAGUGGAUUUGCAUUUUAUUGCCUUUGUAAAUGUUGAGGGACAUUUAUAUGAACUGGAUGGACGUAAACCUUUUCCAAUUGUUCAUGGGAAAACCACAGAGGACACAUUUCUUGAGGAUUCUGCAGAGGUCUGCAAGAAGUUCAUGGCACGUGAUCCCCAGGAGCUCCGCUUCACUGUCGUGGCUCUUUCCAAAGCAUAAAUGUUCUAAUUUUACCUGAAAGAAAAACUGCCAAUUGUUCAGAAGUGCUGAAUACUUUAUUGUAUAAAUGCUAAAGGUUUAAAGGUUCAGUUUUGACUGCUUGAAAUUAAAGUUUGUUGAAAGUUUUGACCACAAGGCAAAUGAGAAGCAAAUUAAAAUUAGCCAAUAUCAAAAAUUGUACAUGCAUAAUUUUGUAUCUGAAAGUUGACACAAUCUGACUGAACUACUUUUUUGUGUUCAUUCCUUUAAAAUGAUAUGAAAUGUAUUCUGUGUUAAUGAUACUAAUUGACCUAAUGGUAUUUUUCUGCCAGAAAAGAAGCCAUUUAAAAUAAAAGUUCUCAUGAUGAAUAUUUACACACAAAAUGUGCUGUUCUCACAGAAGUGUUACACCGAUGCCAAUGUUUCAUUACAUAUGGUGUCCUACUUCUAAAUACUGUUUUCUCAAGAAUACAGAAAAAAUUCAGUUAAGACUAAAACAAUAAAGAACAAAUGUCCAAUG